AUGUCUACCGCCGAGCUCGCCUGCGCGUACAGCGCCCUCAUCCUCGCCGACGACGGUGUUGAGAUCACCGCCGACAAGAUCCAGUCCCUCAUCACCGCCGCCAACGUCGCCGACAUCGAGCCCAUCUGGACUUCCCUCUUCGCUAAGGCUCUCGAGGGCAAGGAUGUCAAGGAGAUCUUGACCAACGUCGGCUCCGGUGGCGGCGCUGCUCCAGCUGCUGCUGCCGCUGCCGGUGGUGCUGCCGCUGGCGGUGACGCCGCUGCUGAGGCACCAAAGGAGGAGGCCAAGGAAGAGGAGAAGGAGGAGUCCGACGAGGACAUGGGCUUCGGUCUCUUCGACUAA